AAGCCGAAGGUACGCCCAUUACGGACCCUGGACGAAGCCCGGCUACCACGGAUCGGAGACGAACCAGACAAAGGAGAAAGAGAAAGAAAGAACGAGGUGAAGCAGGCGAUGGAAGAAAGUCGAAGGCGAGGAGGCGGAGGGAGACGAGAGAAUGAAACGAAAAUGGAAAAAAAUCAAACCCCCGGGAGGGAGGGAGGGAGGGGGAGAAGAUUGGGCAACGACGUAGCGAGUUUCUCGACUAUCACGAGGUUACGCUCGAGAAAUUUGGUUCCUUUGCCGCCUGUGCGAAUACCGCGCUGCUUCGAACCAGUUAGCUACCGUGUUUGCUGUUCCAGCAAGCGAUCCAAGGAUAUUGGCAGCAUCUGGCGGUUAGGUAUCGUCCGACGGAUGUAUAGCAAGCCGAAGGGAACGAACCUGAUCUUCGGUUCGACCGUUCAAUGCUAUCGAGGGGAUAACAUCACGACUCUCGCUAAACAACAACCGAACCAGGCCUAUACCGAGCCAGCGUGCACC